AAACAUUAAUGCCCAGCUGCCGCGCCGCCAUCUCCGGGCACCUUGCACCCGAAGCAGCCGUUCUGGAGCUUGUAGCCGGACGUCGGCCUGUGGCUGUCGGCAGAGCACGUUUUUCGGCUCCUGUCCCCAAGAGUGCCAGGCCACACAGCUCGACCCGCCAUCCCAUCCCAAAGUCCCAACAGCCGCAAGCUCAGACUGGGCUGUCGCGGGAAGCAGGAUUGGGUUUGGCCAGUUGGGCUCCUCCAGGAGGUUUCGUGCGGCAGGGUUAUCUGGCCACCGGGCGAUGCUGGAGAACACCGAGGCCUGAGAGUGGGUGAAGCGCAGGCUCCUAGUUGCCCUCCGUCUUGUCCAGCUCCCAGUGGCAGGCAGCCUGGAACAGGCCUCCGCGCCACAAGGGUCGAGGCCUCCCAGUUCCCCGGCCACAGCACGAUGACCUCUGGAGGAUGUGCGGCGUAGGAGUUGGAUGAGGGGGCCAAAAAAGUAUCUAUCUCCCUUUCCUCACCAGCCCGGCCCCUGAGGACGGGGAGGGAGGGAAUUCCCCUAGCAGGGCAGGUCGAGCGGUUGCCCCUCCCUAGGACCCCCCACCCUAUACACAGAGAAACUCCAGGGUCUGUCCUCCAACCUCUGAAGCUGCCUAACUCUGUGGAGCGGACUCUCCCUGCCAACAUGCAAGACCAGCUCCCUCCCGCAGGCUGAGCCCAAAGAGGAAAGGUACACUCUUAAAACCCCGGCUCGACAGUCACCUGGCUGGACCGCGAGACUCUGACCAGACCCUGACUAAACCGAAGUAGGGCGGCCCCUCACGAGUCAGGUGGGAACCCGACCCCAGGGAGAGAAAGCGCGCGGGACCAGGCUGGGACCCGCAGCGGCUUCGUCCGCGUGCGGCCGGGCCAGGCCCGGGCCCCGGCCCAGUCCCAGCCCCGGCCCCGGCGCGCGCUGUCACAGGGUGCGUUCCUCGGCACCGUGAACUGCCCGAGAGCCGCGCAGACCCCAGCCUGAGCCCCGAGGGAGGCCGGGACCCCUAGUCAGCAGAACCGCGCCGCCCCUCCCCGCCGAUCCUGGCGAACGUUUAGCUUCCCCUCCCCCCUUCCCGCCUCCCCGGCCCGUGUCCCCGCCUUCCCCGCGGGCGACGGGCGGCGGCGGCAGGAGGAGCGGGCCGAGUCGAGGCAGCCCCGACUUUGCACGCUGGGAUGUAGCGAACCAGCGAGGGCCGAAGCAGCGCGCAGAGCCAGAGACUGAGCCGGCGUCGAGGCCCCAGCCGGAGCCCAAACCUCAACCAGAAUCAGCAGCGGGCGAGCCCGGAGCUGACGAGCCGCGGACGCAGCGCUGCCCAGGUGGGGUCGCAGCCAGGGCAGUCGGGAGCGCUUAGCCCCGGGCCCUGGAGCGCCCUCCGCGGUCCCCACCUCCAUGGACGCCUUCAAAAGGGGCAUGAGCCUGGAGCGGCUGCCGGAGGAACUCCGGCCACCGCCGCCACCGUCCCAUGACAUGGGGCCCGCCUUCCACCUGGCCCGCGCGGCCGACCCCCGAGAGCAGCUCGAGAACUCAGCCAGUGAGUCGUCUGACACGGAACUGCCAGAGAAGGAGCGCGGCGGGGAACCCAAGGGGCCAGAGGACAGUGGCGCGGGCGGCGCGGGCUGUGGCGGCGCGGAGGACCCAGCCAAGAAGAAGAAGCAGCGGCGGCAACGUACGCACUUCACAAGCCAGCAGUUGCAAGAGCUGGAGGCGACGUUCCAGAGGAACCGCUACCCCGACAUGAGCAUGAGGGAGGAAAUCGCUGUGUGGACCAACCUCACCGAGCCGCGCGUGCGGGUCUGGUUCAAGAACCGGCGAGCCAAGUGGCGGAAGCGCGAGCGUAACCAGCAGCUGGACCUGUGCAAGGGCGGUUAUGUGCCGCAGUUCAGCGGCUUGGUGCAGCCCUACGAGGACGUGUACGCCGCCGGCUACUCCUACAACAACUGGGCCGCCAAGAGCCUGGCUCCAGCGCCGCUGUCCACGAAAAGCUUCACCUUCUUCAACUCCAUGAGCCCGCUGUCGUCGCAGUCCAUGUUCUCAGCACCCAGCUCCAUCUCCUCCAUGACCAUGCCGUCCAGUAUGGGCCCAGGCGCCGUGCCUGGCAUGCCCAACUCCGGCCUCAACAACAUCAACAACCUCACCGGCUCCUCGCUUAACUCGGCCAUGUCACCCGGCGCCUGCCCGUACGGCACCCCAGCCUCGCCCUACAGCGUCUACCGGGACACGUGCAACUCGAGCCUAGCCAGCCUGCGGCUCAAGUCCAAGCAACACUCGUCGUUCGGCUACGGCGGCCUGCAGGGCCCGGCUACGGGCCUCAACGCGUGCCAGUACAACAGCUGACCGCCCCGCUGCGCCACGCGGGUCGGCGGCCGGCACUGCGCCGGGCGGGGCGGGCGCGGAGGACGCACGCUGGGCUGCAGCCAGCCGCGCCGCGGGGCUCGUGUCUGCGCGCCCCCUCCUCCACUCCCCGCCUCUGGGUUGGUUUUGUGUUUGCUUUUCCGGACCCCACUCAGCCCUCAAAAUAAAAAAAGAAGAAAAGAAAGUUAAAAGACAUCGGGAAAAAGUGCCGCGAAAUAAUGGAUGAGUUGCAAUUGCCCUCGGGAUGGCGCGGGUGGUGUGUGUUCCCGUGGGCCCCGGUGGCCCACUCCGCCGAGGGGGCUCGGCGGGGGAAGCGAGUGCUGAGGCCCAGCGGCCCGAAGAGGACGCCCUCGUAGCCCGCAUCCCCGCCGCGCUGUACGCGGACUGAGCGGCCACGCCUGUGCGAACUGGAUGUGCCAUGCCCGAACGAGCCUGAGAUCCCUCGGCCCGGUACGAACCAAGACACCUCCCCGAGCUGGGCCCGGCCGAGCGCACCUUAGCUCCAUUCGCAUCCGAGUUGGAGCAGGCGCUGGGCCGGGGGUGACAGUGCCUCGCACCGGAUCGGGCGCUCGCCAGGGAGCCGCACAUGACCCUGCCAGGGAGAGCCCUCGCCCGCCCUGCGCCCCGAGCCCUAUAUUAAGGCCAGGGAGCUGCAGCGAGUGGUGUGGACAUGGCGGGAGGACGGGGAAGGCUUGUCUCAGAGUACCCCAACCCCAAGUUUAGCCGCGGGCUCAGGCCCUCUGCUCUGCUCCUGGGCCGGGAGGUGGCCCCCUGUCCCGGCGAACAGCCCCCUCCUCACCGCCUGCCGUGCAAGAGUGGAGCCGGGAGAGCGCGGGGCGCGGCCCCAGGGCCCUGCGCCCAUUUUGCACACCCGCUCUCCGGCCCGCGCCCCUGUUUACAGCGUCCCUGUGUAUGUCGGACCGACUGUAUAGAAUUAUAAAUUUGUCUAUAUCGACUUGUCCAUGUAUGUCUAUUAAAACCAUAGUCUGAGCGUGCUAAGCA